GGGGACCCCGGCCAGUGAGCGCCGGAGCCCCGGGAGCGCCCCUCCCGCGCGCUGUCUCGCCGCGAGCUCGGGCCGAUCUCGCCCCGCAUGGUGCUGGCAGCAGCCAUGAGCCAGGACGCGGACCCCAGCGGUCCCGAGCAGCCCGACAGAGAUGCCUGCGUGGUCGCCGGUGCCCAGGCGCCCCCGGCGCCCCAGGGCCCACGGGGGAUGCAGCAGCCGCCGCCCCCGCCGCCCCCGCCCCAAGCCGGCCUUCCCCAGAUCAUCCAAAAUGCUGCCAAGCUUCUGGACAAGAACCCCUUCUCCGUCAGUAACCCGAACCCCCUGCUCCCUUCGCCUGCCAGCCUCCAGCUGGCCCAACUGCAGGCCCAGCUCACCCUCCACCGGCUGAAGUUGGCACAGACGGCCGUCACCAACAACACUGCGGCCGCCACGGUCCUGAACCAGGUCCUCUCCAAAGUGGCCAUGUCCCAGCCCCUCUUCAACCAGCUGAGGCAUCCAUCUGUGCUCAGUGGCCCCCACAGCCACACUGGGGUGCCCCAACAUGCGGCCUCCAUCCCCAGUGCUCGGUUUCCCUCCAAUGCAAUUGGCUUUUCACCCCCCAGCCAGCCACGAGGCCCAGGACCCUCCGUGAGCCUCCCCAGCCAGCCCCCCAACGCCGUGGUGGUGCAUCCUUUCAGCGGGGUGAUGCCUCAGACCCCUGCCCAGCCAGCAGUCAUCCUGGGCAUGGGCAAGGCUGGGCCUGCUGCGCCUACCUCAGGAUUCUAUGAGUAUGGCAAAGCCAAUGCUAACCAGGCGUAUGGCUCAGAAACAGACGGCCAGCCUGGCUUCCUGCCAGCUUCAGCGUCUGCCUCGGGCAGUGUGGCCUACGAAGGGCCCUACAGCCACUCAGGGCAAGAUGGCCAAGCCGCCUUCUCCAAAGACUUCUACGGACCCAAUGCCCAAGGGCCCCACCUGGCAGGUGGUUUCCCAGGGGAGCAGACGGCCGGCAUGAAAGGUGAGGUAGGAGUGCUGCUACAGGGCACAAACAGCCGAUGGGAGAGCACCCCUGGAUUCUCUGGUCCCAACAAGCCCGAUCUCACAGCAGGUCCCAACCUGUGGCCUCCAGGCUCCAGCCAGCCCUACGAACUGUAUGACCCCGAGGAGCCCACUUCAGACAGGACCCCUCCCUCCUUCGGGGGUCGGCUUAACAACAGCAAGCAUGGUUUCAGCGGCGGCCGGCGGAGGACCAAGGAGGAGCAGGCACUGCUGUCUGUGCGGGCCCUGCAGGCUCAAGAGCUGAACGACUUCCAUGGAGCGGCCCCGCCCCACCUGCCACACAUCUGUAGCAUCUGUGACAAGAAGGUGUUCGACUUAACGGACUGGGAGCUGCAUGUGAAAGGGAAGCUGCACGCUCAGAAGUGCCUGCUCUUCUCUGAAAAUGCUGGCCUCCAGUGCGUGCUGGCUUCAGCCGAGGGGACGCUGGGCACCGCCCCCAACAGCACAGCUGUGUAUAGCCCCGCUGGGAAUGAAGAUUAUGCCUCGAAUCUUGGGACGUCGUAUGCGGCCAUUCCCUCCAGGUCCUUUGCUCAGUCGAAUCCUACAUUUCCUUCCUCUGGGACAAAUUUUGCACAGCGGAAAGGUGCCGGACGCGUGGUCCACAUCUGCAACCUCCCUGAAGGGAGCUGCACGGAGAAUGAUGUCAUUAACCUGGGGCUGCCCUUUGGAAAGGUCACAAAUUACAUCCUCAUGAAGUCAACUAAUCAGGCCUUUUUAGAGAUGGCUUAUACAGAAGCUGCUCAGGCCAUGGUCCAGUAUUAUCAAGAAAAAUCUGCUGUGAUCAAUGGUGAGAAACUGCUCAUUCGGAUGUCCAAGAGAUACAAGGAAUUGCAGCUGAAGAAACCUGGGAAAACGGUGGCUGCCAUCAUCCAGGACAUCCAUUCCCAGCGGGAGAGGGACAUGUUCCGGGAGGCAGACAGGUAUGGCGCAGAGCGGCCGCGUUCUCGCAGCCCGGUGAGCCGGUCGCUGUCCCCGAGGUCCCACACUCCCAGCUUCACCUCCUGCAGCUCUUCCCACAGCCCCCCAGGCCCUUCCCGGACCGACUGGGGCAACGGACGGGACUCCUGGGAGCACUCCCCGUAUGCCAGGCGCGAGGAAGAGCGGGACCCCGGCUCCUUGUGGAGGGAGAACGGGGAGGACAAGAGGGACAGGAUGGACGUGUGGGUGCACGAUCGCAAGCACUACCCCCGACCGGUGGACAAAGCCGAGCUGGAUGAGCGGCUCGAGGGAGGGAGAGGCCACCGGGACAAGUACCUGAGGCCUGGGUCGCCCAGCCCGCUGCACUCCGUGUCUGGCUACAAAAGCCGAGAAGAUGGCUACUACCGGAAAGAGCCCAAAGCCAAGUUGGACAAGUACCUGAAGCAGCAGCAGGACGCACCUGGGAGGUCCAGGAGGAAAGAGGAGGCCAGGCUGCGGGAGGGCAGGCACCCUCACCCCGACGACUCGGGCAAAGAAGAGGAGCUGCAGCCCAAGGUCACCAGGACCCCAGAGGGCACCAAAUCCAAGCAGAGUGAGAAAACUAAAAGCAAGAGACCCGACAGAGACCAAGAAGGAGCGGACGACAGAAAAGAAAGCAAAGUGGCAGAGACUGAGGCUGGAAAAGAGGAAUGGGAAGGCACGGAAGAAAGUCCCCAGGCAGAGGGCAGUCAGGAGAAAGAGACGGAAUCCUCACAUCCAGAAAACACAAGGACACAGAAGGAACAAGACUGGGAAAGCGGGAGUGAGGCCGAAGGGGAGAGUUGGUACCCCACCAACAUGGAGGAGCUGGUCACAGUGGAUGAGGUGGGAGAAGAAGAAGAUUUUAUCAUGGAACCAGACAUCCCAGAGCUGGAAGAAAUUAUGCCCAUUAGCCAGAAAGACAAAAUCUGCCCAGAAAUGUGUUCCUGUGUGGUGACCAGCUUAGACUCCGAUUUGCCUAAGGAUUUCAGCAAGGAGAGAGAGGCCAUAGGGAAUGGGACCGCAGACAUCAGCCUCAAGCUGCCGGAACAACUGCCUUCUGUUUCCACGCGCUGUCCCAGUGACACGGACGUGGAGAUGCCUAGCCUAAAUCUGGCUGCUGAGCGGAAGCCAGCUGAAUGCGAGACAGGCCUCUCACUGGAGGACUCAGAUUGCUACGAGAAGGAGGCAAAGGGAGCAGAGGGCUCAGAGGUGCGUCUGGCCCCUGCAGCCCAGCAAAUGUCUUCCCCCCAGCCAGCAGAGGAGAGGGCCCAGCAGCCUAGCCCGUUUCUCGAUGACUGCAAGGCCCGAGGGUCUCCCGAAGAUGGGGCUUGUGAAGGCAGCCCCGUGGAGGAGAAAGCCGGCUCCCCCACUGAAAGCAACCUCCAAAGCCAGGCUUGCCAAGGCGUGUUGACUGAGGAAAGCUCCAGGUACAUGGAAAUGAAAUCUCUGGCCGUGAGAUCACCAGAAUACACUGAAGUGGAGCUAAAAGAGCCUCUUUCUUUGCCUUCCUGGGAACCAGAGGAUGUGUUCAGUGAACUUAGCAUUCCUCUAGGUGUGGAGUUCGUGGUUCCCAGAACUGGGUUUUAUUGCAAGCUCUGUGGGCUGUUCUACACCAGUGAGGAGGCGGCGAAGGUCAGCCAUUGUCGCAGUGCUGUCCACUACAGGAACUUACAGAAGUACUUGUCCCAGCUAGCCGAGGAGGGCCUGAAGGAGUCCGAGGGGGGUGGCAGCCCAAGGCCCGAGGACGGUGGAAUUGUGCCACAUUUCGAAAGGAAAAAACUCUGAUCGUGCUGUCCCUGCUGCCCGUGCUGCCCCUGGGAGGUAGAGAGGAAGCCUACGGACGUGGGGCCCACCCAGCCCCAGGGACAGAACCAGAAAAGCCAAGCAGGGCACAUUGCUUGCGUUUCUUCCCAGAGACUCUUUAAAAACACCCCUGAAGUGUCUUCAGGAGUCAAGUCACCCUGGCAUGUCCAGCCGGAUGAAGGUCCCCAACUUUAGUUCCCUGGAACUCGUUUUCUUUCUUUCUUUUUUAUUUGUCCUCCUAUAAUCUUUGAAUUUGUUCUCCUCUCUUCUUGUUCCUUCCCUCUCCUGCCUUCUGGGCCAUGGAUCAUUUUCCUUUCAUAAAAUCCAACUUCUCAGGGAUUUUCACAGUGUUUAAAUUCUUGAUAGGAUAUAGCAGGGCAGGCCAGGCUGAGUCGUGUAAGGACAUGUGUGAUGGACACCCCUGGGUGUGGAGAGCUACUCCAUGGACAGGAAGCAGCAGCAGUGUCUGCGGGACCCCUGCAUGUCAUGCUUAGGGGAGCUGAACCAGGCCCUGCAGGCCUGAGAGGGUCCAUCAGAGAGAAUAAGCUGGCAGAGGCAGGAAUGGCUUCCCUAAUAGUUUCCUCCGGUGGUACCCCACCUUUUAGACCUCUCCUUUUUGUCCUCUUCCUUUCAAUCUCUUCUUUUUUGGUAGUGCUAGGCAUUGAACCUAGGUCCCUGUACAAGCUACCAUAUACUCCAUCACUGAGCCAUAUCCACAGCCCAAAAGCCCCUGUUUUAAAAUAACUCCUUCAUCCUCUCAAUUAUCCAGAUUUCUAACUUAAAAGAAAAUCAAAUUAACUUUGUGGAGGGGGAAAAAAAGAAAGAACAUUUCAUCGUGGAAGUUCUGAUGACUGCUUUCCAAAUGUUCUUCCUUCCUCUUGAUUUCAGGAGGUAUCGGGAUUUGUUUUAGACCAAUCAUUUUGGUAUAUCCACUUUACAUAAAAUUGAGAGCAGCAAUGACUUCUCCCUCUAACCAGAGCAGCCCUUGGUGUGGGCCAGGGGCGAAUGUACAACAUUGGCCCAAGAGACUCAGUCACAAGGAACUGUAACCACAUCUGAUGUAGCCCUGGAGUCCCUACCCUGGGGUCCAAUAGAACUCACUGUGGGAUGGUUGCAGAACAGUCCCUCUCAGUGGGGGAGAAGCUAAAUGAAGAGAAGGCUGCAGGGCUGGGAGAAGUAGCAUUUGAGGUCUCCUGGAAGCAGGCAUUUUCCAACCACACAGAAGAUAGAGGGCCGCCCUGGCUGACCACAUGUGCAGACGUUGAUGUCAAAUAGCACAAAGAACAGAGCCCUCAUUCCCCACGAGGCGGUGCCUUCAGACCCCACACAGGCUCCAGGAGCCUCAGUGGGAUAUUCCAUUGGACGGGUUUGGAAUAAAGCUGCCAGAAGACAUAGGCUCUGCCAAAGUCAGGAAGUGGGCCCAGGAAGGUCAGAAGGGAGCUGGGAUACUUGGAGGUGGCCAUGACUUAGCUUAUGGGAACGAAACCGAGGGAGGUGGAUGGUUCUCCCCUGAAAGCUACCUGUUGUUUCUGUUCCUGAGCACAGCCUUGUAGACUGGGGAGGGUCCAUUUGGGGUUUCUUCCCCCCCCCCAUACUGUACUUCUUGUUCUCUUCACUAAUGGAAGAAAGGCAGACAGACUCUUUAGAUCAACACUGACAUUUUUUUCAGUGAGGAAACUGAGGGACAGAAGGAAAAUCCUGAGGCUCCCAGCAAGUAGGAGAGCACUGACAAGAACCUGCAAGAGAGGAGAGUUAAAGCAAGUUCCAGAGAAGAAGACAGGACAGUUUGGACAAGUGUCUCAAAGAAAGCUUGAGGGAAGCAGGACACUUGAGCCCACAGUGGACUGGAAGAGGUUGCAUCUCAAAGAGAAGACUGAAGAUCAUGACUCAGGCCAGCCUCUCACCCUGGAGCCAGCAUUCUGGUCACUAGCUAAGCCUCCUUUCUUCUAUUGCGUAGAAAAACCUUUGACCCUGGUGUAUUUAUUCCCAUUGGAGAGAAUUCUGGAAAUGGCAAUUUGGCCUCCUCACUCAGUCUUGCUUGCAAAAUCCUGCCCUCUUCAUCAGAGGCUGAAGUUGUGCAUUAUCAGAGAGGCUGAAAGCGUUAGUCCUCAGCAAAGUGGGAACAGAACCUAUCAUCUCUCCACUGAAGCAUCCCCUCCCCCACCCCUCCCCCAACCCCAGCCCAGCAGUGUCUCCUUGGAAACUCAGAUGGCCCAGUUCCCAAGCAAAGUAAUGGCUCCCUUACCAGUAGUCUGACCUUUUAACUGGACAGCCAGAGCAGAGACAGCCCCUCAAGGAGGGAGAUCGAAGAGGCUGCAUUCAACCAGAACCUCUAUUUAAAAACCAUCUGAGAUUCUAUACUUGUGUGUAUAUGUGUACAUAUAUAUAUAUUUAUUUUUAUUUAUUUAUUUUUAUAUAAUUCCAUUGGCAUGACCCUUCACCAACCUCGUGAUGUGCACUUUGUAUGCCUAUGUGUGUCACAUACAGUGCAGUAUUAAACACAACCAGGAAAAUAUUGAUUUCUUUUUUAGUGCAUUUCUUCAGUUUUGUCAGCCGUUUCAAGGCACCUCCCCAAAAAUGUUGUUCAAGAGCAGUUGGUACCUUACACAAUAAAUUCUUUUACACCUGGAGUUACUAUAACAGGAGGCUUAUGUUAUUUCCUUCCCGUUUUAAACACCUGGAUUAAAGUCUAUCCAGUCUGUACUCCCAAAGAAUUUGGUAAACUUGACAUUGGUGUAAGCAAAAGCCAUGAGUAUCAGGGUUUCCUAUUCUUGGACAGUCCGAGGUAGUGAUCUGUUAGAUUAUACUUGAACUGGACCAGACUUUUUUUUUUUUUUUUGUAAUUUUAUGAGAAAAGCAAAAAAUACUAGUUAAGUUUGAACUUGUAAAGUAUUGAAAUUUGUCAGAAAUUGCCACCUGUGUUCCUGAUCUGUAUAACUGGCUGCAAAUUGUUUUUACAAAAGGGGAAAAAAAAGAUUUUUAAUAAAGACAAUUUGAAAACU